CAAUGAUAUCUCCUCGCAAUUCUCUGUGAAGACACUCUGCACUCUGCAGUUUUUUGUUUCUAGUCCAAGUCUUUCUCCAAAAGCAUGACUCUGUCUCAAACACCAUCAAACAUCACUCUCUCUCUCUCUCUCUCUCUCUCCUACUUGCUUUCUUCAAUAAUUAAUAUUCAAUAAUUUUCUCUUUUGAGCUUUUGAUUUUGGUUAGCGAAAGUAAAUGUUGAUGGAGUUGCAGGGUCACCUAAUCCAAUACCCAUUUAUUAACUUCUUGAUUCUUGGCAUCACCCAGAGCUCCAAACUAUAAGUAUUUACAUUCAAUCUUUUCGCCCCAAGUUCUUCAUUCAAGAUUAAUUUUUUUUAAAAAAAAAUGUCUGCUUUAGAAAUGUCCCACAUCGAUUUGGAGCGGGGGAGCCACCGCCGUUCCGUCACAGGAAGUGAUGUCACCUGCUUUUUCGAUGCAGAAGAUGGGUCUUGCUACUCUCAGUUUUAUUCAUCCACGGGUGGCUCCUAUGACGAAUACACUUUCGCUUGUGUAUCUGAUCCUGAGAUUGUAGACGGCGUCGUUCCGGAUUCUAGGAGAGUAUCUUCUGUGUCUGAUUGCUCUGUGGAGGUGGAGAUUGAAAGUCGGGUAGCUGAGAUAAAGGUGCAUUUGGCUAAGGUUGAGGUUGAGAGAGAUUGUAGGAUAUGCCAUCUGGGUCUGGAAAGCAAUAGCUAUGAAUCCGGGGUUCCAAUUGAAUUGGGCUGUUCCUGUAAGGACGAUUUGGCUGCUGCUCAUAAACAGUGUGCUGAGGCCUGGUUCAAAAUUAAAGGAAACAAGGCAAAACAAUCUGGUGCGGCAAGUUUUUAUCUGGAAAUCGAAAAAAGGACCUGUGAGAUUUGUCAUUCCAUUGCUCGUAAUGUCGUUGGAGUAAAUGAGAUCGAGAUGAUAGAGCAUUCAAAUGAGACCAACAAUUCUACGGCAGUGGCUGCAGUCCCUGCAUCGACACACCAUUCGGAAACUCGAAGUUUCUGGCAUGGCCAUCGCUUCCUGAAUUUUUUGCUUGCUUGCAUGGUAUUUGCAUUUGUCAUAUCGUGGCUCUUCCACUUUAAUGUUCCAUCCUCAUAGACAGCAAAAUACCUUAAAACCCAACCAACCCUCUCCAACAAGAGGAUAUAUAUAAAUAUAUAUAGAAGAAGAAGAGAAUCAAAGAGAAGAAAGAAUCAUUCUAGAAGAGCAGAGCUUGCAGAAUAUGUUGCUGUGUUGUCAAUGAAGAAAAUAGUUCAGAGCCUCAUGGGGUUCAUAGGUAGUCAUAGUCAUACAACCUUUGUUUCACUUUCAUACCACAGAGCUUGUCAAAUCUAUAUAUGCACCCUCAUCAUUGUCAGAGCUUUUUCUGCCUUGAAAAUUACUUUUAGUUUUAAAUGUGACUACGUGGAUUGGAUCGAUUUGCUCAA